GCAGGAGGGCUACAUUGAGAUCAGUCCCACUUUCAGCUGUUUACAUUUAUUUACAUCCAUGCACAUUGUUGUAACGGAAUGUAAAGUGCGGCACCUGACAGACAGGUGAAAUGCGCACCAGAAACGAUAGGUAAAAACUCAUUUUAUACACGUGGAUAGGACAAGGUUACCUAAACUACGCUCCUUUGGAAACCAUAUAUAAAUUAUCUCCAUGGUAUAUAUAUGGGAAUGAUCUCAGUGUAGGAGACCCUCUUACGUGGUGAAAAUCGGUUUAGUCCAGAUUCGGGGCCUUUCUUCAGGAAGACAAGAUAUGAACCUAGUUCAUUAAGCCCGAAUGUUGCAGCAGCAAACUUAACGGCUUAGACAUUACUUAUACAGUACGAUAUGCUUGUUAGCUAGCUGGCUAGAUAUUUGCCACACGUGAACAAUGUCCGCCCCAAUUCGGGAUUUCAAAAACGAAAAGGGAAUAAAGAGAAGGAAGAAGGGCGGAAGUAAAUAAAGCGGUUGUUGGCCGUUUACUUAAAAUUCUUGAAGCAAAGGUUCAGAAGAUCAAAAUGUCUAACUAUUUAAUGUGGUAUAUUUUAGUAGCCUAUUAGUUGUAUAAACAUUGCAUGUAACCGAUAUCUGACUUUUUCAGGUAUCUAAUCGUGUAAUUACAUUUUUGACGUAUAACAUUUUUGGUUUAUAAUGAAAUAAUAUAGAUUUGCGGUAAGAUUUCCUGCGUGAGUCUGAAAGCGUGAGUCUCACGCCAGAUACACGAGGUUCGGCGACCCUGGAAACGUACAUUUGUUUCACCUGAGUUGAUUUAUAUAAUAAAUAACAUUACUUUAUACAGUUGUUAAAAAGCGGAAACUUCGACGAGCAUGAAAUCACCAAUAAACAACAUGUUAUAUAAUACAUGCUGUGUUUGAAAGCUUUACGAUUUCAGGACAGAAAAGCCACUCUGUUAGGAACAAGGAACAUCAGUAGCUUCGCUGGUGCUAUUAACACUAAUGGCACAUUAGCGCAAAGACAGGGCUGCAUACGGCGAGUUGCGUCUUGCUUGGCAGUUAACGUUCGUUGGCGUGGGAAACGGCGGUUCUAGUGCUAAACCGCUACCGAAAAGACUAUAAAAGCUGCGCCGACAAAAUAAAAGCGCCCAGUCAGGUUCUAAAUCAUAACCUUUUGUUUUGACUAUCGGUCCAGCUCCGUAUGGGACAGCUUCUGGGUACGGACCCGGACCGCGGUCCGCCUGGCCUCUGCUCUAAGGCUUUACUCCCGAGCAUGUGUUACUGCAUUACCGAAACUGAAUGUUUGGUGUACACAUUUUUUUUCUUCAAUAAAGUUGAUUGUAAUAAAAGUUUUUAUCCGUGUUUAGUUGCAUUGUCUUAGCAAGUUCACUUCUUUUUCCGUCCAUGUAAUUUUCAAUGUGGUGACGUAAUCCAUCUAACAAGUUCGAAUCGCGUGGCUGCCUUGGCCGCGUUCUAAGACUGAUGACGCAGUGUACACGUAAUUUAGAACGCGAGCGCUCACUACCCAUUUCGAGUAUUCCACGGGUUAGUUACGGAUCGCGCUUCUCUUCUGGUGAAAUCAUGUCUGUCAGUGAACCUUCCCGCGCUCAGAUGGCAUCGGAAGUGCCUGAGAUUCUGGUAGAUCCCAAGACAUUAAGGUCCUACGGCAGGGAUGAGCUUUUGGGACAGGGCGCUUGUGGCAAAUGCUAUAAGAUGACCGAUCUUGAAACUGGCGACACCUAUGCUGUUAAGGUCAUCCGGCUAUAUUCCUGGGGAGUGGAGGAGGUCUGUGAAGAAGUACAGAUUUUAAAAACACUGCGGCACAAGAAUGUGGUGGGGUUCUCCCACUCUUUCGAAGAUGACAAAUUCAUGUAUAUUUUCAUGGAGUUGUGCAGUGGGCAGACACUCGGUGACAUUUUAAAAGCUCGGGGGACUUUGACUGAGCCCGAAGUGCGAUACUACAUUAACCAGCUGAUUUCAGGGUUAACAUACAUCCACCGGCAAGGUUACGUCCACAGGGACAUCAAGUUGGAAAAUUUAUUUAUCAAUGACCAAAUGGAACUGAAAAUUGGGGAUUUCGGACUGGCGGUCAAGCUGAAGCCGAGGGAGAAAGAAGUGUGUGGUACUCCCGUCUACAUGGCUCCAGAAGUGUGGAAACGAGAGGGCCAUGGAAGGGAAGCGGACGUCUGGGCACUGGGCUGUGUCAUGUACCAGCUUCUGGUUGGGGAAAUCGCAUUCUACGAUGACAAUUACUGGGAGAUGCUCAAGAAUAUAAAGGAAGCCAAAUUUAUUCUACCGCAGAAUCUCUCUAUUGAAGCUGGGAAACUGAUGGGCAAGAUAUUUAGAAUCGACCCACGGGAUCGCCCGUCACUAUCGAAUGUCCGUCGCCACAAGUUCUUCACAAAGGGCUUCACUCCAAAGACACUGCCAGCUAGUAGCUGCAAUACACCACCAAAGCAUAAAUCAGUCAACCCAUUCAAAAAGAUUUUCAACCGUUUCAUGCGCCUGAUACGAAAAAAGCGAUCCAGAGUUGAGCCUUUACGGGAGGAUGCCGAGCAGAGUGGACUUGAGAUCCCCCAGCCUGUGGAGUCACUCCGUGUUCUAGAGGAUGUCAACAGACCAAUGAACAAAUUGACCUGGUCCAGUUGGUCAAAGUGGUUGAGGGACCUGUAGGCAGGCUGUACUCAGCAAGUGCAGUGACGCCCCACACCUGAGUGCCUCCCCCAGCUCCCUGUCCACUCCUGUUUCAAUAAAGUUCUUUUGUGUUUCAAGCA